AUGAACGCCCUCCAAACUCAUUUCUGGGCUGUGAGGGAAUACCUCUCGCCAGUCUUGAGAGAGUCCAAGUUCAAAGAGCAUGGCAGAAUCACUCCAGACGAGUUUGUUGCGGCGGGUGACUUCCUAUCGUACAAGUUUCCAACCUGGCAGUGGUGUGCCGGCAGCUCCUCGAAAGCGCGCGACUACCUACCCAAGGACAAGCAGUUCCUCAUCUCGUGCGGUGUUCCAUCGUUGCGCCGCGUCAGUCAGAUCGAAAAGGGCGUCGGCGUUGGCGUUAAGGACGAUGAUGAAAAGCUCAUGAGCUUCGGCGAAGAAGGCGGCGCAGAUGCACCCGAAGACGAUCAGUGGGUCGCUACGCAUUUUGACGAUCAGCAGACAGGGUCCAGCAGCCAAGUAGCUGAUAUGCUCGAUAUACCUGAUAUUGGUGAAGAUCAGUUGGCGCCUGAACACCAGCUCACCGAGGGGCAGCAAGAUGAUCUCGCCGCUCGUGUCGCAGGUGUCACCAUAGGUCAUCAAAGCGACUCGAUCCAUGCGUCCGCUUCUGGUGACGGCAUGGGCGACAUUGACGACAUACCCGACAUUCCAGAUAUGGACGAUGAGACCGACGAGCUCGCAGCUGGCGUACACGAGGAUGAAGACCCAGCUACAGCCGCUCCACCAACACACAAUGCCGCUCGCACAGGCUGGGCGUCGGCUGGUGACAACGGAAAGCUGCUUUCCGUGCGCAAGUACGACUGCAUCAUCACGUACGACAAGUACUAUCAAACUCCGCGCAUGUGGCUCGUAGGCUAUGACGAACACGGUGUACCUCUGAAACCGGCGCAGAUCUUCGAAGACGUCUCGUCCGACUAUGCACAAAAGACGGUCACCAUCGAGCCGUUCCCGCACGGUCACGCCGGGCCGGACAGUUCAGUUACGUCGUCUGCAUCUGCUGUUGGCGUGGCGACGGCCAGCAUCCAUCCAUGCAAGCACGCCAGCGUGAUGAAAAAGGUGAUUGAGCGCAUGAAUGCGUCGGUGAUUGAGGAGCAGCGUAGAGCUGCUGCUUGCUCCGGCACGGCAAGCGUGGCGGGCGAAAAGAAGAAGAAGAAGGGCUGGAGCGUAUCGAGCGCUGUCAAGAGGGUCACUGGCGGCGCGACGGAUGGGUCAAGUGCGCCAACAGCAGAAGCAAAGGAAGAUGGCUCGACAACCGCUGAAGCUGCAGCUACCGAGGCGGAGGAUGACGUCGACGGUUUGAGAGUGGACCAGUACAUGAUCAUCUUCCUCAAGUUCAUGGCUUCGAUCGUUCCCGCUAUCGAAAUCGAUGCUACGCAGGCUUUGUAG